AAGUUUACAAAUGUAACAGCGUUCCUCAUAAGAAUAGCCUGCCACUUUUCAGUGUCUUUAGUCAAGUAGAGAAAAUAUGCAAUAUGAUGUCUCUGAAACCAGCAUCAGUGCUUCUCUUGGUUCUGGUCUUCUUCACCGGCUCUGCGUCCACUGGAAAUGUCCUCGUCUGGCAUGCUGACUUCAGCCAUUGGCUCAAUAUGAAAGCUGUUCUGUAUGAAUUGACAGCCAGGGGCCACCAAGUGACUGUGGUCUUGCCCUCGUGUUUUCAAGCAAGUCAAUUCAGUGAGCCUUUCCCAUUUCAAGUGGAAGAGGUCUCCACUCCAUUCACAAAAGAAGAUGUAGAAAUGUUCGUUCAGGAUAUGAUAUAUGCAUGGUCUACUGAGAUGCACAAGCUUUCCUUCUGGGAAUUUUUCAUCAAGUUGUAUGCCAUUAUGGAAAAAAUAAUGAGCACAACCAAACUUUUUUGUGAUGCUGUUUUGCUGAACGAGAAAUUGCUGGAAAAGUUUCGUUCUGCUGGUUUUGAUAUUCUCAUUUCUGACCCAUGCGUGGCCUGUGGGGAGCUGCUGGCUGAGAAGCUCCAGAUUCCAUUUAUAUAUUCCUUCCGAUUCUCCAGUGGAAACACCUUGGAACGCUUUUGUGGUGGAAUGCCCUCUCCUCCAUCUUAUGUGCCUGCCAGCCUGGGAGGGUUAACGGACAGGAUGUCCUUUGUGGAAAGGAUGAGAAACAUGUUCUUUUACUUCUCUCAAGACGUCGUGUUUCAUCAGGUUAUCUUGAAAGACUGGGAUAAGUACUAUAGUGACAUUCUAGAUUUAAUGUAA